AUGCGCCUGCGGAAACGAGUGCGAGAAUUUGCUCGAUCGUUAGGACUUGGUCAUGACCAGGCGGCCGAAGCGGCAGUUCUCAAUGGUGCUGGCAACGUGCCGCCUGGAAGUCUGACUGAGGGCCGGCUUCUUGCUGUCAAUAUCGCCAAGAACAAAGAAACUCCCAUGGACGAUGUCGCUGCUGUGACGGGUGACUACGUCUACUGUGUCGAAAGACUAGCGCCUUACGCAGAUAUCCUCGUUGUGAACGUCUCGAGUCCCAAUACUCCUGGUUUGCGAUCGCUACAGAAAGGUGACACGCUCAGACAGAUUCUCAGUGGAGUAGUCAAGGCAGCCAAGUCGGUCGACCGCAAGUCGAAACCAGCAGUCAUGGUCAAAGUCAGUCCGGAUGAAGACACGGACGAGCAGAUAGCGGGCAUUUGCGAAGCAGUCUGGGCGUCGGGAGUCGAUGGCGUUAUAGUUGGUAAUACCACAAACCAAAGACCUAGGCCGAUGCCGCAUCUGCAGGGAUACACGCCGCUAGAGGAGCAACAUCUAUUGGAACAAGGCGGGUUUUCCGGACCGCAUCUGUUCAACAAAACUGUCGACUUGGUCAAACGAUAUAAGGGCUUGCUCAGCGAGCCUCCCGAAGUGCCUGAUACUGCAGAACGAACACGUGAUGCUCUGAAGCAGGAAGCUGAGAAGCUCAAAGCAUCAAUUGAUGAAAGUCAGAGCAAGAUUGAGGCAGAAGCUGUGCCUGCUGCAGGACCGCAAAAGGCGGAGGAAAGCGAUGCGAAAGCCGAACAGGCACAGAAGGCGUCAGCGGAGCUACUUCAACAGAACACCGCUGAGAAAGAUCGGUUGCAGUCGAUCUUGAAUGUAUUGGACCGCCUCCCAGCCAAGGAGGAUAAGAAGCUUCCUACCAAGCCAAAGGUCAUCUUCGCAACGGGCGGUAUAACGAACGGCCAACAGGCAUCAGAAGUUCUCCAAGCUGGCGCAGACGUCGCCAUGGUCUACACUGCCCUUGUUUACGGCGGAUCGGGCACGAUUUCACGAAUCAAGGAUGAGCUCCGAGCUGAACGCAAGAAGACUUCGGCAUGA